AUGAGCAUUGUACCAAAGGAAACGAUUGAGGUUAUAGCACAAAGUAUUGGGAUUACCAAUUUGUUACCUGAGGCUGCACUUAUGCUUGCUCCUGAUGUUGAGUAUCGUGUUCGAGAGAUUAUGCAGGAAGCUAUCAAAUGCAUGCGGCACUCAAAGAGAACGACUUUGACAGCUGCGGAUGUAGAUGGUGCACUCAACUUAAGGAACGUCGAGCCGAUAUAUGGCUUUGCCUCAGGAGGACCAUUUCGGUUUAGAAAAGCUAUUGGGCAUCGGGAUUUGUUCUACACUGAUGACAGAGAGGUGGAAUUCAAAGAUGUGAUUGAAGCCCCACUACCAAAAGCUCCCCUUGAUACCGAAAUUGUCUGUCACUGGCUGGCUAUUGAAGGAGUGCAGCCAGCUAUACCAGAAAAUGCUCCUUUAGAAGUUAUUAGAGCACCUGCAGAAAACAAAAUUCAUGAACAAAAGGACGGACCUCUUAUUGACGUUAGGCUACCAGUGAAGCAUGUACUAUCUAGAGAACUUCAGUUAUACUUCCAAAAGAUUGCUGAACUUACAAUGAGCAAGUCAAAUCCUGCUCUGUUUAAAGAAGCAUUAGUGAGCUUGGCGUCAGACUCAGGACUUCAUCCUCUAGUUCCAUAUUUUACAAAUUUCAUUGCGGAUGAGGUUUCACGUGGUUUAAAUGACUUCCAACUCCUGUUUAACCUAAUGCACAUUGUUAGAAGUCUUCUACAGAAUCCUCACAUACACAUAGAACCUUAUUUGCACCAGUUGAUGCCGUCUGUUGUAACAUGCCUUGUAUCGAGAAAGCUUGGAAAUAGAUUUGCUGACAACCAUUGGGAACUAAGAGACUUUACGGCGACUCUGGUUGCACUGAUAUGUAAAAGGUAUGGAAACGUUUACAUUACUCUUCAGUCUCGCCUUACGAAAACUUUAGUCAAUGCACUUUUGGACCCAAAGAAGGCUUUGACUCAGCACUAUGGUGCAAUUCAAGGAUUAGCAGCUUUGGGGCACAAUGUCGUACGCCUUCUUAUUCUGUCAAAUCUCGAACCRUAUCUAAGGCUUCUCGAACCAGAAUUGGAUGCUGAGAAGCAAAAGAACCAGAUGAAGAACUAUGAAGCUUGGCGUGUGUAUGGAGCCUUGCUGCAUGCUGCAGGCCUGUGUAUACAUGACCGGCUUAAAAUCUUCCCACCUUUACCAUCUCCGUCACCAAAUUUCCUCCACAAGGGAAAGGGAAAAAUAAUCAAUACUGAGCCACAUAAGCGGAAGCUGAGUAUAGAUUCUUCAGAAAACCGGUCACCCCAGAAAAGAUUGAUAACUACGGAUGGCCCGGAUGGUUUACAAUCGCAAGAGCACACCAGUCCAGCACCAAUGCAAGUAGAUGAUACAAUGGGAAAUGACAAUCUGCCACAAAACUCUGUUCAACCGUCUUCAUCAGAACAAGCUUCUGAUGCUAACGAAUCUAAAAGCAGAAAUGUAAAGGCAAUAGAAGGCGGCAAGGGUCGGGCUAUUACCAUGAAAGCAAUCCUUGGGCAGAUCUGGAAAGAUGAUCUUGAUUCUGGACGGCUUUUGGUGAAGCUACACGAACUCUAUGGUGAAAGGAUUCUUCCCUUUAUCCCUUCUACGGAGAUGUCAAUAUUCCUGUAA